UUUCCACGGGCAGCGGAAAUCACAGAGCAGGCAUUUUAUACAGAUGACUUAAUAUAUGGGGCCCAUUCUAUAGAAGAAGGAUGCAGCAUGGUAACGGAGUUACAGGAUUUGUUGCAGUCAGGGGGUUUUACUUUAAGAAAAUGGGCUUCCAAUGAACCAAGAAUACUGAAAGAGAUUUCGGAAAAAAUUAACCGAGAUCAAAACCAGCAAAUAUUUACGUUUAAAGGAGAUCUUAUUUCAAAAACAUUAGGGGUAUACUGGAACCCGAAAGAAGACUGCUUUAUGUUUCAAUCGUCAUUUGAUUUCUCGAAUAAGACGACCAAAAGAGCGCUUCUAUCAGAUAUAUCGAAGCUGUUUGACCCACUGGGUUGGUUAGCUCCUGCAAUUACAGCUAUGAAAAUAAUUUUUCAAGAAGUAUGGAAGCAAAACAUUAAGUGGGAUGAUCAAAUCCCUACUUCUAUUUUGAAAAAAUGGAAGCAAUUUAAAGAAGAAAUAGAACUAAGUAUUUCUAAAAUAAGGAUCCCGAGGUGGUUGCAAACUAGUCCGGACAGCACAUUAGAGCUACAUGGAUUUUGUGAUGCAUCAAAUAAAGCAUAUGCCGCAGUUAUUUACUGUCGAAUAAACAACAAGGUUUCAUUGGUGGCAGCCAAAACAAAAUUGGUACCCGUUAAAGGAAAAAUCUCUAUUCCGAGAGGUGAAUUAUGUGGAGCGGUUUUAUUAACAAAGCUGUUUAAUAAAGUUAAAGCAUGUUUAGGGUAUAAUAAAAUUAAAUGUUACGGUUGGACGGAUUCCAUGGUAACCUUGGGGUGGAUACAGGGACAGCCUGAGAAAUGGAAGCCAUUUGUAAGCAACAGAGUCAAGCAAAUUGUUCAAGAUAUGCCGUCAAACACGUGGCGCUAUGUUAAAUCAGAGGAAAACCCCGCAGACUGCGCCAGUCGUGGUAUUUCCGUCAAACAACUUGAAAUGCACUCUUUAUGGUGGAAUGGUCCAUCAUGGCUUCCUUUAUAUAGGAAUGACAAGGAAACUCAGUCAUAUUUUACGAAGGAAGAAGAAAAAAAAUCAAUAUUUAGUUAAUAUAGUACAAGGUACAGAUAACACAGUAAAGGGAAUAAUACAAAACUGCAGUAGUUUCUCACGGGCAAUCAGGAUAGUUGCUUGGAUAUUACGGCUUUUACCAAGAAAUAAGGAUAAAAGGGAACGAUACCUUACAUUAGCUGAAGUCAAGCAAGCGAAACGGAAGAUAAUUCGCAACGUACAAGAAGACGACUUCUUCUAUGAGAUAGAAAAGUUGAGAAGAAAGGAGAGCAUUAAUAAAAGUACACUAAUUGCAUUGAAUCCAUAUCUUGGACAGGAUGGCCUUCUUCGUGUGGGGGGAAGGUUGCGAAAUGCCUUCAUUAGUAAAGACAUGCAACAUCCCAUUAUAAUUUCACAUACUGGUAGGCUGACUGACUUAAUAAUAGACCAAGCGCAUAAGCUUACCUUUCAUGGCGGCCCUCGCCUAACAUUAUCACUUAUCAGACAGAAGUACUGGAUUGUGGGCGGUAAUAGAGCAGUAAAGAGGCAAUUGAGAUUAUGUGUAACAUGUGUUAAAAACAACCCUCGGAUGCAAUAUCAAAUAAUGGGCGACUUGCCCGAAGCUCGGUGUAAUCCGGCGCGACCCUUUAAGCAUACUGGAGUUGACUUCACGGGAUAUAUCCUAAUAAAAAGUAGCAAAGGACGAGGAAUCAAGUGCACAAAAGGUUACAUAGCCGUAUUUAUAUGCAUGGCUACAAAGGCAGUGCAUUUAGAAGUAGUAUCUGAUUUAACCACCUCGGCCUUUUUAGCAGCAUUGAAAAGAAUGGCGGCCCGAAGAGGGACUCCGGAACAUAUUUAUAGUGAUAAUGGCACAAAUUUUAUUGGUGCCAAUCGUGUACUUGACUCCGGGUAUGACGAAUUAAAACGAGUAUUCGCAGAAGAACAAUUUGCCACCACAAUUACGGAUAUGGAAAUAAACUGGCAUUUCAAUGCACCUGCAUGGCCCUCUGCUGGCGGAUUAUGGGAAGCAGCUGUUAAAAGCUUAAAGGCUCAUACAAAGAAGAAGAUCCGGAGGAUAUUAAUUUUCUAACACCAGCUCAUUUCUUAACUGGGGGCCCUACACUUUCAUUAUUGCCCACCGAAAAUGACUUAAGAACGAGAUGGUACUUAGUGGAGAAAACUUUCCAAGACAUAUGGAAGAGGUGGCAAUCGGAAUACUUGCCUACAUUGACAUCUCGAAGUAAAUGGCAAAAACCACGAGAAAACUUAAAAUUACAAGACUUGGUCGCUAUUCACGACGCGAAUAUUCCUCCCGGAAAAUGGGCUAUGGGCAGAGUUGUAGAAUUACAUCCAGGCACUGAUAAUAUCGUCAGAGUAGUUUCGCUAAAGACAAAGAACGGAGUAAUCAAACGGCCAAUUGUCAAAUUAAGUCCCUUGCCAGUGCAGAACAGCAGUAAAGAAGCAGCCGAAAACGAAUCAAACAUAUCUGCAAAACCACGGCCCAUACUACGAAAGGGUCUCGGUAACGUUUUAGCGAUAAUGCUUUCGUUUAUAUUUUUUUUAACAUACGUAUCAGCUACGCAUCCGGAAAAUUAUAAUAUAAGUACAUUCAACAAUAAUAAGGGGUUAUACUUAGACAAAAUAAGUAAUAUGCAAUUAAUUCAGGAAAAAUGGAGAAUCGUUGUCUACUAUGAGAUGAAACCCUAUUGGGAAGGUGAAAAGGCAUUCGAACAAUAUUAUAAAACUUUACAAGGCAUGUGUUCUGCCCUCGAUGAAAAAACACAUUGCGAAAUUACUAUGAAUCAAUUACGUCAUAGCUUCGAGGAACUCAAAUACUACGAUCAGGUGUUGCUUACGCAGCACCCGGGCACGCGCUCGAAGCGGCGUCGGCGCGGCCUUAUCAACGGUGUCGGAUACGCGGCACACUCCUUAUUCGGAGUAUUGGACGAAUCAUUCGCUGAACAAUAUCAAAAGGAUAUCUCUUUAGUUAAAGAGAAUGAGCAGCAUUUGGCAAACCUGUGGAAAAAUCAGACAUCAGUUCUGGAAGCAGAGUACAAUCUCAUGAAGCGGUCAGAGGAAGAAAAUUAUAAUUUACGAAAAUUAAUAAAUCGACACGCAAAUGAAGUUAAGAAGGCAAUUACUACUCAAGUCACUGAAAUCAAUAGACUAGAGCGCAUUACUCAGUUUACUCUUGACAGCAUUUCAGCAACAAACGUACUUGCUAAUUUAAGGAAUAUGCAGGAGUAUCUGAUUGACACCAUCACCGAUAUUUACCAUGGUCGAUUUAAUUUUCACCUUAUUUCGUCGGAACAAUUACGCAGGGAAUUAAAUAUAAUAUCCAAUCAUAUUUCAACAGAUCUUUCUUUGCCAAUUAAUAAUAGUCAAAAACAAUUUGGCAAUAUAUAUAAAUUUUUAAGAGUUAAGGCAAGGAUGCUUUAUGAGCAAUUAAUAUUGGAAAUCUCGGUUCCGCUUGUCAGCCGAGAUGGUUUUGAAAUCUAUAAUGUGAUUUCUGUUCCUUAUAAGAGUGACGCACUUACGAUGGUCAAAAUUGUCCCUAUUUCAGAUCUCGUCGCAAUAAACAAAGAAAAAAAUUCAUACAUACAGAUGUCAGAAAAUGAAUUGCUAUCAAGUUGUGAUUAUUAUUCCGAUAUUUAUUAUUGUAACCUACCUAAACUGUUUUAUAAUAUGAAACCAGAAGAUAGCUUAUGUAAGACAGGAAUGAAAAAGCAAUGUCAGUUUGAGAAAAUGCCAUGCGAUAACGAGUGGAUUGACCUGAAUAAAAAGAAUACAUAUUUAUACUUUUGUUGUGAUCGGUGUCCAUUACAUAUUAUGUGUGGCGAUCAAAUUUCUGCAGAACAAUUAAAUACGACUGGAUUAAUAAGCAUAGGUCAUGGUUGCAUGUUACGCAACAAGAAAGGUGUCAUUUAUGCUCAUAACGAGUAUCAGAAUGUGCUCAAGACUGGACCAAUGGUUUAUUCGCCUUAUAUGGAUUCAAUUAAUAAUAUGAUAAAUGUGUCCUUAUCCUCGGAUGUUAUUGAAAAUUCAAAAAACAACUACACAAUUAAUAGUCUUGAUAAAAUAGGCACGGAUCUGGAAGAUAUGCGAAAGGAGGCUCCCAUAAUUAGUAGUGUGACAUUUCACGACGUACAUCAGUAUAUUGCCUUAUACUCUAUUUUGGGCAUCUUCGUCGUGGUAGGAGCGAUUCUAUUGUUGCGGAGGUUUCGUCGAGCAGGUACGGUAGCACCUGUCCAGCAGAUACCAUCUGGCCAAGCAACAAUUCCAAUACAGAAAACAAUUGAUGGGCAGCAGGAGACGUCGAUAGCGGCAUUGGCAGCAGCAGUGGCAGCCAGUCUCGCAAUGGGCUCUACAGAACCCACCCGGGACCGGACUCCGAUAGGUCUUAGUGUUAGUGAUAGUGCCGUGGAUUGGUGUAGGAAGUGUUAGCAUAAGUUUAGAGACUUUAAGUACCUCCUAGAGACUAUUAAGCACGUAAUGGAUUCAUCUUGUAAAGCACUACAUAUUCAUCUUGCACUUUUUGCCUGGGGGAGUAUGUACGAGCCAAAGCUGUACAUUUUGCUCACUCAGGCUAUCUUAGAAUUAUAAGCGUGAUGAUCCCUAUGUACGUGCCAAGGUUCG